CAGUGGAACAGAGCGAUUUGAUUGGCUGGAAGUUUCAAUCCUGUCAGGUCACAGUUCAUCGUUUAUGGAUACAUUGCCCGAGGGAUUGGAAAGUGCCUGUACUCACUGGAGAAUGCUGUGUAAACGUAUUCAUCUCUUGGCCCAACCUUGUGCAGCUCAGGGUUUCAUCAUUGCUCGAAGACUUCUCUAUGAUGGAUUGGUUAAACUUCAGCCAGAGGUCUCUGAAGCAAUAGCCAAGAAGAAGGCUGUGGUGGCUUUGGAGAGCACAAUCAUCACACAUGGCAUGCCAUACCCUCACAACCUGAAUACUGCUAAAGGAGUUGAGCAGAUUGUAAAAAGUCAUGGGGCAGUUCCUGCAACAGUCGGCAUUGUGAAAGGGAGGAUUCACGUUGGACUAUCAGACAGUGACCUGCAGUACCUGGCGGAAAGCAAGGAAACCCUCAAAUUAUCUCGGAGAGAUCUACCCUACAUCCUCAGCAAGGGCCUAUCUGGUGGUACCACAGUUUCAGCUACUAUGAUGGUAGCACACAGAGUUGGAAUUCCAUUGUUUGUGACUGGCGGGAUUGGAGGAGUGCAUCAUGAUGGCCAAAACUCAAUGGACGUAAGCACAGAUCUGACUGAACUGGGUCGCACUCCUGUUACAGUGGUUUCAGCAGGAGUCAAAUCCAUCCUGGAUAUUGGGCGAACAUUGGAAUAUUUGGAGACCCAUGGGGUUUGUGUGGCCACGUUUGGAAAGACACGUGACUUCCCAGCAUUCUUUAUUCCAAAGAGUGGUUUUCAGUCUCCUUGGAAUGUCACUGAUGAAGAGGAAGCAGCUCAGCUUAUUGCUUCUGCCCGUAGAUUUGGACAUGACAGUGGUGUGCUAAUCGCUGUCCCUAUUCCAGAGGAGCAGGCAGCAUCAAGCCUGGUUAUUGACGAUGCAAUCCAGCAGGCUGUGGUAGAAGCCAGGAAUAAAGGUAUUCAGAGCAAGGAAGUUACUCCCUUCAUUCUAACCAGAAUUCACGAGCUCACCAAAGGACUUUCCUUAACUGCAAAUAUCGCUCUCAUCAAGAACAAUGCAAAAGUGGGUAGUCGUAUCGCGUGUGCCCUCAGCAGGCAGUGUCACCACAAGUCCAGCACUCUGUCACAGCCAUCAAGGUUAAAGAAGGAUUCCUUUGCACGGCUGGUUGUAAUUGGUGGCUGCAAUGUUGAUUUCAUUGCAAAGGCAAAAGGAGGUAAUCUGGUGUUUGCUGGAUCCACAAACCGUGGUACCGUACGCCAGUCAAUAGGGGGAGUCGGCAGAAACCUUGCAGACUGUCUAAGUCGCUUAGGGUUGAAUCCACUGUUCAUCUCUGCCAUUGGAAAGGAUGACAAUGGAGAAGCAGUUCUUUCCUUUUGCAGUCACAUGGAUACUGGUGGUGUGGCAGUAUUACCAGGACAUAGCACAGCAGUGUACUGUGCAGUGAUUGCAGCAAACGGAGAGCUAAGCCUGGGCCUUGGAGACAUGGACAUUCACCGACAAAUAACAGAGCAGUAUGUUUCUAAAUUCAAGGAGCAACUCCAAUCAGCCUCAUUAGUGUGUCUAGAUGGGAAUAUCCCUGCAUCGACUAUCCAUUAUGUCUGCAGUGUUGCGAAAGAACAUGGAACACCAGUGUUAUUUGAACCGACAGACUCUAUCGCAGCUUGCAAACCAUUUGAGUCAGACAGUUGGAAAUCUAUGACAUUCACAUCACCCAAUCUGCAGGAACUAAAGGCAAUGAAUGAGGCUCUUGGACUACCAGUGCCAACAGAGUUGCCCACAUUGAUGGAUGAUGUCAUUGGUGUUGCGCUGGACAUGUCACAGCCACUGUUGAAACACUUGCAAUGUGUGAUUGUAACUCUGGGUCACCAAGGCGUACUGCUGUGUGGCAGAAGUGAAGAAGAAACUAUUUUUCUUCAGCCAAAGAAAGCUUCUAAGAUUGUACCUGGUAAAGUUUGUGCUAUCCAUUACCCAGCAAUUGCUGUUGAACCCAAAGAAAUAUUGAACGUAUCUGGAGCAGGUGACAGCCUUGCUGCUGGAAUUAUAGCAGGCAUUCUGACACAACAGGAGACUCACACUUGCAUCCGGAUGGGCUUACUGGCUGCCAGCUACUCACUCAAGUCACAAGAAGCCAUCUCCAUACAAAUCAGCACAGAUAGUGUGAACCCACAGCAGGUCAUUGACAGAGUAUGGCAGCAACCAGCAUACCAUUACGAGAACAAAGCAUCCAUCAACAGCGAACAAUAACUUCGCAGAUACUUGACCUGAUUCUUUUGGGAUUGAUUAAAAAUAGCAGGAUAUUAAAUUUGUUCAGAAAAAUUAUGUAAUAUUGAGGAAACGGUUGACAAUUGAACAGAAAUUAGGAUCAAAGUUUUGCAAAGUUAGUUCAAAGGAUCCUCCACUAAAUUAUUAUUCUAAAUACACUAUUAAACGUCUAGAAUUUAACAGUAAUUGAGCAUGAAUUACUACCUAUGUUAACAUCAGGAGUGGAGGAGUGUCCAGGAGGGAGCCCUGUUCUACUGCUCUCAGUAAUUGAGGCCAAAGUACUUUGGGAGUUAUGUUCAAGCUCGGCAGUAUGGAGCAAUUAUUUGUCUAAUUUAAAAAUGUAAUUGAUUUUUGACCUCUUUAAAUUAGUAGAUUGAAAAUCAAAUUGGAGUUGUCAUCUUACACCAAUCCCACGUCAUAACUCAGGUGGACAAACUCAGUGCUGACACAAAGAGCAAUGUCUGGAAGAGUACCCUUUCCCAAUAUUGAAACCCAUAACGUUAAUGAACACAAAUGUAUUUCAGGACACAGUGUAACUGCUUUACCUGAUCUCACUUGAAUUUGUUUAGUGAUUAAGGAAGAGCAUUACUAUGAUUAACAGAUGGAAAAGGUUAUAGCCCACCAGUGAGAUAUAGUAAAUAAUAUUAUUUAUAAGACCUGGCAAAUAACCCAAUAAUUCAGUACUUCUUUGACAUUGCUCUACAUUGGAUAGCAUCGUUUUCAUGGAAUGUCAUAUUCUGUAGCAUCGUGUUGAUUCUGUAUUGAGUGGGUUUCAUUUGUACAUUUUGAUUGUAAUUACAGUGUUCGACUUUGUCACUUCA